CUCAGAACUACAACGUUUGACCAUACACUCACACACACACAAAAAUGCUUCACAACUUAGGCAAAUGGGCGACCCUUCUUCCUUCACAGCCCAAGCUCCCAAGCAUCCCAACCACUCACGAACAGCCUUGCUCGUCCACGAGGACGAAGCUCACCCUCGGAGCUCGAAAGCCAUGCAAGAGCCGUCUGCACGACACGACCAUCCGGUGUGCCGCGAGGCGGAGGUCAUUGCGGUACGGCGGCGGCGAGGAGGAGGAGGAGGGUGAGGAAGACGGAAGCGAUGGGGAAGAGUACGGCCACAACGAGGAGAUUGCGAUGUUGGAAUUGUACAGCCAGUCCGCAAGAGGGGAAGCUCUUGUGGUGCAUGCCGCUGUGGACGGAGAGGAAGUAGAAGUCCUCAUCUACAAGGGAUUUUCUUCAAGCUUGAGCUAUGGGACAUCGCCGGAUCCGUCGAGAGGCAUUCUUCCGGCGAAGGCACGAAUCAAGUCGAUCGACAGAAUCAAAGGACCUUUCAACCCUUCUAACGUCGAGUACAUUGAGAAAGGAUUGACAUGGGAAAAUUUCAAGCAAGUUCUCACACCCGAAUGAAAAUACUCUUGCAGUAUCAAUUCUUCCCUCUUUAGAGAGAAUGCAAUUGAACUUCUUUUUGUUUU